AUGCAGUACAUGCGUGCGACUCUCGCCCUUCCUCACGUGGAGCAGUUCACGAUGCCAUACUACCACUUCGUCCUAUGCCUCUUCUGGGCUCUCCUCUACCACGCCGUCCUACGCGCUCUUUCUGCCGCCGCCAAGCAGCCCCGGCCGAGGCUGCCACCCGGUCCGUGGCAGCUUCCGAUCAUCGGCAGCCUGCACCACCUGUUGCGCGGGCUCCCACACCGCACCAUCCGCGAUCUCUCCCUCCGGCAUGGCCCGCUCAUGCAGCUCCGGGUGUGCGAGCGCGUGGCCAUCGUCGUCUCCUCCGCCGAGGCCGUGAGGGAGAUAUACAAGGGCAACGAGGCCAACUUCUCGGAGCGGCUCAGCAGCCCGGGCAUCGACGAGCUCUCAAGGCAUGGCCAGGGGAUUAUCUUCGCGCCAUACGGCGACCACUGGCGCUUGCUUCGCCGGAUCCUCAUGACGGAGCUGCUCAGCGCGCGGCGCGUCGAGGCGUUCCGGCGGAUCCGCGAGGAGGAGGCGGCUCGCCUCGUCUCGUCGCUUCAGGCGAUGUCCGAUGGCCGGCUAGUGAACAUCGACGAGCGGCUCGACGAGUUCAUGACAGACUCGGCUGUGCGCGCCAUCUUCGGUGACAAGCUGCCGGACAGAGUCGCGUUCAUGAAGAACGUUAAGCAAGGAGUGGACCUGUCGUCGCUGUUCGACCUCCGGGACCUCUUCCCUUCGUCGCGGCUAGUUCGGCUGCUGCCGCGCAAUGGUGGCAAGGCGGAGCGGCACCGUCAAGAGAUGUUCCGGCUCAUGGACAACAUACUUAGGAGUCACGAGGAGAGAAGGGCAGCCAGAGAUGGAGACGACGAACAGGACAUGGUCGACGUGUUGCUGAGGAUCCAGAAAGAAGGCAAUAUGCGAGUUUCCCUAACCGACGGAGUCAUAAGGGCACUGCUCAUAGAUGUCUUCGGUGCAGCACUUGACACCUCAAUUACUACUUUGCAAUGGGCGAUGGUUGAACUGAUGGCGAACCCAAGCGUGAUGCAGAGGGUGCAAUCUGAGAUAGACUGUGUCCUCGCCGGACAGGCCGCGGUACAAGAGGCUUCCCUAAAAGGCAUGCAAUACCUGAGGGCAAUUAUUAAAGAGACCUUGCGACUGCAUCCUCCUGCUCCGUUCUUUCCUAGAUUGUGCAUGCAAGACUAUAAGAUUCAAGGAUACGAUGUACCACAAGGAGCGAUUCUGCUAACCAACAUAUGGGCAAUCUCUAGGGACCCAAAGUAUUGGGAUGAGCCACAGAAGUUCAUGCCAGAGAGGUUCGAAGGCGUGGGUGUUGCUGACUUUAGAGGUGCGGACUUCGAGUUCACUCCUUUCGGUGUUGGGCGGAGGAUUUGCCCUGGGAUCAACUUUGCGUAUGCGGACAUUGAGAUUGCGUUGGCUAGCCUUCUUUACCAUUUUGACUGGGAGCUGCCUCCCAGAGUUGACCCAAGGAAAAUAGACAUGACAGAGGUGUUUGGAGCAACUGUUCGAAGGAAGGCCGAGCUAUUUUUGUGCCCCAUUCGUCGUGUCCCCCUCUAUAAAUGA